AUCUCUUUUUAGUUAGGUUAGACCAAAGUUAGAUUUGGUCAAUAAAUAGUAGGCUCACCAUUCCUGUCCUGAAAUGUCAUAUUAAAUUACUUCAAGUUGUGACUCAAAUCCUAAUAAUAAUAAUUAAUUAAUGAGUUAUAUUCAAAAAUUCAAUAAAGUAUAUGAUAAAGCAUAUUAAAUUACCAUUCAAACCAAAAAUUGUAACACUAUAGCGAAACCUUACGGUCUCGAGAUGGGUCAUUUUGUUACCCAACCAACACGUGCCACGUAAUCCACUGCCAUCUACGUUGGCAAACGUAACCCAGUUCGCUUUCACCGGUCAUCACCACCGGUGGAGGGCAAGCAUUCGCCCACGUCACGGCGUAACCAACAGCUAAACAUACACGCGUUUGAAAAGCCAAACGGAGAAGUUCAGCCUUUUCUGGAAGGUGCAGUCCCCGAGGAUGGCACACUCAUCACUGACCCUAUAUUUUAGCCACGUGGCAUCCCUACCUGAUCUUGCCAGGUGGCCAGCCUUACCCACCUCUCGCCUCCACCGAAGCCACCGCUUAUUUGUUCCUCUUUUUCUGGCCCCUAUAUAUAGAGGGAUAUUCACCACCUUAUGCAUCCUCAUCUUUCUCUCUCUAAAAUCUGCGUUUUGUGGUUUUAUUGAAAAGCGAUAAGAUUCUUGUGUGGAAUGAUGGAAAGUCUUACUCUCACCGGAUUGUUGAAACAGGUCGCCGGAGAAUUCCCUUCCCGUCGAGCACUCUCCGUUUCCGGCAAGUUCGAUCUCACCUACGCUCGCCUUCACCAACUUGUUGAAGGAGCGGCCUCUCUGAUCCUCGCCGGUGGCGUUAAGGCUGGAGACGUCGUCGCUCUCACCUUCCCAAACACCGUUGAGUUCGUGAUCAUGUUUUUGGCUGUAAUACGAGUACGAGCCACAGCUGCGCCUUUGAACUCAGCUUACACAGCAGACGAGUUCGAGUUUUACUUAUCCGACUCGGAAUCGAAGCUUCUCUUAACAUCGCAAGAAGGAAACGAGGCAGCACAAGCCGCGGCUUCCAAGCUCAAAAUCACACACGCCACGGCUUCCCUUACCGAAGCCGAAGCCCAGGUAAAUCUAUCCUUGAUUCACUCCGAGCCGGACCCUCACUCGGUAGCCAAACUCGUGAACGAGCCAUCCGACGUGGCACUUUUCUUGCACACUUCCGGCACGACGAGUCGACCCAAAGGAGUGCCACUGAGUCAACUCAACUUGGCCUCAUCGGUUCAGAAUAUCAAAUCGGUGUACAAACUCACCGAGUCAGACUCCACCGUCAUCGUGCUUCCUCUCUUCCACGUUCACGGCUUACUCGCAGGUUUACUGAGUUCACUAGGCGCAGGAGCCGCCGUGACCCUACCCGCCGCUGGCCGAUUCUCGGCUUCAACAUUCUGGUCCGACAUGCUCAAAUACGAUGCCACGUGGUACACCGCCGUCCCCACGAUCCACCAAAUUAUCCUGGAUCGCCACCUUAGCAAACCCGAACCCGUUUACCCGAAGCUUCGAUUCAUCCGGAGUUGCAGCGCUUCUCUGGCACCAGCCAUAAUGGCUCGGCUCGAGGAGGCGUUUGGUGCACCUGUGUUGGAAGCAUAUGCCAUGACCGAAGCGACCCAUCUCAUGGCUUCGAACCCUUUACCCGAAAACGGUCCGCAUAAACCCGGGUCCGUUGGAAGACCAGUGGGCCAAGAGAUGGCGAUAUUGGAUGAAAAUGGCGUCCAACAGGAGGCUAACGUGAGUGGGGAAGUGUGUAUUAGGGGCCCUAAUGUGACCAAGGGUUACAAAAACAACCCUGAGGCUAAUAAAUCAGCUUUUCAAUUCGGGUGGUUUCACACAGGGGAUCUCGGGUUCUUUGACCCGGAUGGUUAUUUGCAUCUUGUUGGUCGAAUCAAGGAACUCAUCAACCGUGGAGGAGAGAAGAUAUCACCAAUCGAAGUGGAUGCUGUCCUUUUAUCACAUCCAGACAUUGCUCAAGCGGUUGCUUUUGGGGUUCCAGAUGACAAAUACGGCGAAGAGAUAAACUGUGCCAUCAUUCCAAGAGAAGGAUCAGACAUCGAUGAAGCAGAGGUAACGAGGUUUUGCAAGAAAAAUCUUGCCGCCUUUAAGGUUCCCAAGAAGGUGUUCAUCACUGAUUCUCUCCCAAAGACGGCUACUGGGAAGAUCCAGCGAAGAAUUGUGGCUGAGCACUUCCUUGCCCAAAUCUCUACUGCUAAAGUCCCAAAGUUUGGGGCAUAGGAAAAAAAUAAAUCAAUAAAGAUAAGGCAAUUCCUUAAAUCCUUGGGCAAAUAUCCAGGUAUUUGUAAAACAUUUUGCUCCCUUAGAAUUCAUUAGAUGUAUGUUCUUCCCAUUUUUUCCUUAUGCCCAAUUUCAAUGUCACCUGGUAUCUCAGCAUUGGAAAAAUAAAAAAAUAAAAAAUAAAAUUCGUGAAGUAGUUUUUAA